CGUGUAUUAACAUUCUAUAACUAUUGACGACGAAUCUUGUAGAAAUGAAAGUACUAUAAAUCUUGUAGAAAUUGGAAACACCAAUGGCUGUCAUUCAUAAUCAUCGAACCAAUAAAUAAUAAUGUUUAAUAUGAAUACACAAAAGAUGUAUUCAUACUAAAUUUUAUUAUUUAGUGACUAAAGUGUGGUGGUAUGGUCUUACCAUACCACCCUUAUAAAUAGUCAACAGCAUAAACAGAAAUACUAUUGAGGGAAACGACAAUUUCUUUACAACACAUAAUAUCCAUAAAGAAACAAGACAGCGGAGCAGAGUUACAUAAAGUUAUAACAAUAACGUUCAUUGCAAAUGUAAUCCAUACUGAAUUAUAUUACUGGCGGGUCUGAGUUGAACUCAAGAACGUUUGAGUUUUGACGCUUGAGUUCCUAUUAGUGCUACAAUAAAUAUUUAAUUGAUUGAAUACUUCGGCUACCAUACUCUUUUUGCAAAAGUCAGAUGACAUAUUUCUAAUAUGAUGUAUUUAUUAGUUGAAUUGACAGAGCAUUAUUAAUAUGUAACACACUAAUUUUACAAAAGCACAGAAUGGAAAAUAUGCCAGAAGUGACCCGCUGUUUUGGUAUGUUCCCGGCAAAACAUGCAACUUAUUUAAUAUCGUUGGUUGGGUUGGGAAUGGGAGGCCUUGGAUUAACUGGAAUAGUGCUAUACGGUCUAAUAGAGAAGGCGGUAACAGCGUUUCUUUUCCAACAUUCUAAAGGUCCAGUAGAUGACACAGUGAAGAAAUGUGUACUUCUAACAAUUGGAUUGACGUCUUUGCUCCUGACUAUCGGUUGUGCCCUUAUGUUUUUGGGAGUUACUUCCAGUAAUCCCGGUCCCUUGGCAGUUUCAGUAUGGAUUAUAUUUGCAAUGAACGUAAUUGUUAUAACUUUAUGUAUCUCAGCUCCGCUGUCUUGUUUCUUUAUGGAUACGUUAUGUGUUGUAAAAAAAUUGUCGUUUCCCUCAAUAGUAUUUCUAUUUACGCUGUUGACUAUUUUUCUAGAAAUGUGGGUGUACUUUAUGCUUGUUACAAAUACCUAUCUCAUGGAAAUUACUUAA